UCCGCGCCGUCACUUAGCGAUGCAGGAAUGGUUAAUAAAGCAGUUUCUUGAACUUAUCAUGUCUUGACAGCGGCCACAGGCUUGUUUUGGACCACUAGCGUUGCAUUUGUUUACCAAAAAACGCAAUGCCGUCGCAGGACGAGGCUGAGGCGGUAAAUGAAGACGACAGUCCGCCUCCGGUUCCACCGCGAGCGGCUCCUCAGCAGAACUCACCGGCGUCCGCCGCCGUACCUGAGCGCCGGGUAAAGUGUGUGCUGGUCGGGGAUGGAGCGGUGGGUAAAACGAGUCUGAUCAUCAGCUACACCACUAACGGAUAUCCAGCAGAACACAUUCCCACCGCCUAUGACAACUUCACAGCUAGGGUUGUGGUGGAUGGAAGACCAGUUCAACUUCAACUGUGUGAUAUGGCAGGACAGGACGAGUUUGAGCGCCUCCGUCCACUCUGCUACCGUGACGCUGACGUCUUCCUGCUCUGCUACAGCGUGGUCCUUCCAUCCUCCUUUAGGAGCGUGACAGACCGCUGGGCCCCUGAGGUUCAUCGCCUGUGUCCAGGCGUUCCCAUCAUCCUCGUGGGCACCCAGUGCGACUUGCGGGAGGACGUCCAGGUGCUGAUCCGACUCGCAGACAGCCAGGAGAAACCAGUGAGCGGAGACGAUGCCCGUCUGUGCGCCCGGAGCAUCGGCGCCGUGACGUUUGCUGAAUGCUCAGCGCUGACGCAAAAGAACCUGAAGGAAGUGUUCGACGGCGCCAUCUUGGCCAGCAUGCAGCACGCCGAGGAGGCGGCGUGGCCGAGGAGGCAUACGCUCAGAGAAAAAACUCCAGAUAAAAUCAAACAGCUCUCAGAAACAUGGUGGAGGAAACUGAGCUGCAUCCAGAGCUUUGACCUUCAGUGAUGGAGAAUUUCAGACACUCACAAUAUAAACAAACCUCCUUAAAACCAAGUCCAGAUGAAAUGGGAUUUAUAGACACAUUUUGACGCGAUGCAUUUCUAAAUUAAACAGUAUAUCCAACAAGCGACAGUUUAGGACAGUAGCUAUUUUUAUUAUAGAAUAAUACAAAUUGAAGAGAAUAUUUAUAGUUUUUAGAGAUAAAGAAGUUAAUUUCUGAAAGAUUAUGUGACACUGCUAAAAAAUCAGUUUUGCAUCACAGAGGAAUUUGCAUUUUAAAAUAUAUUCAAAUAGAAAACAUUUAUUGUAAAAUGCAAAUGUAUUUUAAAAAUUAUAUAUGUAUUUAUAAUAUUUUUGUUUAAUUGGGACUGAGCUUGAGGACCUUAUUAAGCAUCACCUUUUAUGUGUUGUGUAUACCUGUGACCCAGAAGUGUUUGUGUUUGUCAUUUGGCACAGUGUCCUGCAUUCAUAGCAGUGGAUUAGCUGAUCCUUUGAACAGACUGAAGAGGUCGGAUUUGAUGUCUGCGUUACACCUGUUGUACUCCCAUAUAAUCUGAUGUUUUGUUUACAACUUCAUUUCAACUGUUUACUACAUUUUAUACUUAAGAUAAGUCUUAUAAAAUUU